CCUCGCACAGGCCCGCACUCUGAGGCUGAUACCAUGUGUAUCCCACCUCCGGGACACAAUGGACGGAUGUUUAGUCACCCGGCGCACGGGCAUCGUCUCUCUCACGUGUGCAUUGUACAACACACGUCCACUACGGACCAGGAGACUUCACUAAGACGAGGACUAUCAUCACAGAAAGAAGCAUCUUACACAUGUUGGAAAUAACGGAGAAAUACACACGGGCAGCAAUGACAGCACAAGGGCGUACGGUUUGGACAUUGUUGUCAGUGCUUGUGUCCCUGGUGUGUGUUUACUCCGUCAGCCGUGACUGUCAGGAGAUGGCGGCGUGUACGGACGAACUUAGAGCGACGAAUGAGACCAUCAGUUUUCGUGUUGGAACCAGACAGAUGAUCAGCACAUGCAUCAAUCUUACCCAAACCUUACCGGCGUGUCACGAAAAGGCCAAAAAAGACUGUCAACUAACUUUUAAAGACACGAUCCCGUACUUAGUUCUGUAUAGCAAUAUUAAGGAGUCCUGUGGUACAGCUUGCCCUAUAUUCGGUCCUAUGAUAAAUUGUGAGAAAGAUGUGGCGUAUGUGGAUUUAAGCACGGACAAAAACGCAUACUGCAGGUCUUACAUAGAGAGUAUGGAGUGUCUUGAUUCCAGUCUAAUAAACAUCACGUGUUCAUUUGGUGACGAGACGAGAGCCUUUAUCCUGGACACAGUGUACGACCAGGACGCGCGAAAAUUUGGUGACGGUGUCUGCAUGACAGCCAAAGGUUGUUCCGACAUAGACGAGUCGGUAACGGCUGUGACUUCCUGUCUACGUACAUGGAACGAGACCAGGGACUAUUCAGAAAGAGGCACUGAUACUUUGAAAGAAUGCAUUUCAAAAAAGGCCACGUGUUCCGACGCUCUCAAAAUGGUACCCUUUUACGAGGAAAGUCUUACUGGUAUAGAUGUAACAGUUCCGCUAACAACAGACACUGCAGAAACGACAACUAUAGUAACAACACAAAAUAUAAAGAUGACGUCAUCAGUGAGGUCACCAGCACCUUCCAUCAGCAUUACAGUGAAGACAUCGUACACCACACAGCCGGAUGUACUCGACCCGGCGGAUACUACUGAAAUAGUCACAAAGUCACUCGUCCCGUCGGAUACUACUAAAAUAGUCACACAGCAUCUCGACCCGACGGAUACUACUGAAAUAGUCACACAGCCACUCGAACCGACGGUUGAAAUAGUUACACAGCCACUCGAACCGACGGUUGAAAUAGUUACACAGCUACUCGACCCGACGGAUAGAACAGAAGACACCUCCGUACUACCUACAUCUACCCAAACGAACAGUACCUCCCGCGAUAGAGGGCGCUCUAGUUUAACUGAUAUUGUUACUGCUAUAGAUGUUACCAUAGUCACUGUCAAAAAGAGGAUAGGGAUAAAAAUGGACCCUCUCGCAAACACAGAUUUUGUCAUUUCCGACGAUUCUACUAAUUCAAGCCGCAUGUCUACCAUAGGCGUAACCAAGAUAUCAUCAACUAAUGGUGGCAACGAAGAUGACGCUGUUAUGGUUACGAGUAGUAACAGGGUCGCAGAGCAACAAGAAGUGACAACUGUUCUGUCACCAAGGCGACCGUUCAGUACAGAAGAAAGUGGAACGACAGGGGAUGAAUUUACAACCGCCUCGUUUAUCCCGACAGACACGGAUUUGUUACACGAAAUAGCAACACAAACCAGAGAACAGUUCCCCUCCCGAUCAGACAAAACUGACCCAGAGCCGGUAUCUAUCAACCCGGAGUCUGUUGACAGACAGAAGCACACCACGAAUAUACCUCUGCGUGUUACUGCACGGGUAUCAAUGGCGGUGGAUGGGAAAGAUACAACAUCAGUUAAAGCAUUAGAUCCAGUAGCUGAACCCACCACCAUAAAAAGGGAGACAACUCGCACAUCUUCCAGAACCGAAUCAGUAACUGAUACAUCGUUCGAUAAAUCGACACGUCCAUCGUUAUCAGUGACGUCAUUGACAUCGAAGUCACCUAAAUUAGCGAGUACAUCAACAUCAGACUCAACUUUAAAUAAGGGACAACGCAAUGACGGCACUAUCAAUGGUGGCUGUACAAAACUCCACCCCAGAGCGACAUUGCUGUAUAUUCUAGUGACUCUUUCAGCCUACUUCCUCACGUGACCAAGUCUUGUUUACUUUUCGGGUGCGAUAGGAGUAUUAAUUGAAUAUCUGCUGUGAAUGAUGAUUGAAUGGUUGAAUAUAUGAGAAGUAUUAGACUGGCAACCGUCUCUAGAAUAUGGAAUAAUUAAGAAAAUAAUUUUAACGCUAAAAAUGUUGAUCACUUGGAUGUCUGAUUCUAGAGACUGGUCAAAUGUGGAUAAGGUUUGUAAUUUGACUCCGGGCCUAUAUUCUAAAUUAGGGGGAGAUAGGAUAGUAGUAAAAUACAGCGAAAUUCUUCAAAAAAUCUUACGGGCUGGGAGCCAGUCUAGAGAAGAGGAUGAACGAUAUUUUAUGGAUGAAUGGUUGUAAUGAUUGAUACAUAUUGUUUUUAAUUGAUAUCAUGUUGAUAAUUUAUAUUAUCGAAAAUUUGUAUGACCUUAUUUUUAAAGAUGGUUUGUAUACUGAUUGAUAAAUUAAAUAGAAUGUGCAAUAUUUUAAAUUAAAUCACGUUGGUAACUUAACAAGCAAAUACCUAAUCAGGAGAAACGAGUAGAAUUUGAUGAGGUAGAUACCAGGUGAUCUCCACCGCCUUAACACUGGUAGGUUUAUCAUACAUAUAUUAUGUUCAUAUGUAUAACAAAACGUUCUACAACAUGUACAGUUACAUGGUUUUCAUACGACAGUGUACAACAGUUACAUUGUUUACAUACAACUUUGUACUAUAGUUACAUUGUUUACAUACAACUAUAUACUAUAGUUACAUUGUUUACAUACAACUUUGUACAUAUAACUUUGUACUAUAGUUACAAUGUUUACACAUUACACCAACACCAAUCAUAUUCAAUGUUUGUGUUAUUUACUGCAUUCAUAGAUCGUUUACAAUAACUUUGUACUACACAUCUAGUACACGCUAGACAUAAAAAGGAGACCGAUGAUGUUUGGGUAUUCACUAUGAAGAUAGUAUAACUAAUUAUACAACUUUGUCCGAUGGAUUUAGUUACAAAAUAGCCUACAAUACGACAAUGAGGAAUAUAGAUAUUGUUAAUGGAACUAAAAUGACAUGUGACUAAAGAAAAUAAUAAACAGUAACUAUACACCGUUCAUCAAAAAUCAACGUAAAUAUGUCAUCAUUUUACCCGUACACAUCUCCUUGCGUUUCUUUGUAUCAUUCAUUGGAAAUCGUUUGUUUUUAUCUGUAGACACUCAUUUUCACUCAUAGAGUGAACAUUUCGGCCUAACUGCGUGGGUGAAGAUGUUGGAGGAUGACCACCUCACCAAUCGACAAUCAUUUGAAAAGUGAUAUAGACAUUAUUAUGAACGGAUAUUUAUGAAGAAACAAUUAUAUUCAAUUGUGAUAAUCAGGUUUACGAAUACUUAUAUAUUCAAGUGCCCUCAAUGCUAACUCGGAUGUGACAGACAGACAUGCUGGGUGUCCAACUUUGCUUGCGGGGACCAUUCCCAAUCUUCUGGGCCCGUAUUCAUGUGUUUGUGCUCAAACACAGAUUCUGUGUUCAAGCCCAGUGUCUUGUUCCGGUAAUGAAUUAAUAAAGAUAAUCUUUUGCGAAUAUUUUGGAAGAAUUUCGGGGAAACUUCAAGCAGAAUUCCGUUUAUUAUUUACAUUUCACUUUUGACUGUGACACAUGAUUUAAAUAGUUACAAGGAAGAUGGUUUGAGUAAAGAAUCAAUUCUUGAGCACGAGAACGGUUUCAUGAAUACGGGCCCUAGUUUCCUCUUUCGUAGAGGUUCAUAUCUUUAGUUGUGUUUUUGUGUCACAUUGACUCCGUUGUUGUAUUUGAGAACUGAUUGUGUAUUCAUGUGUUGACGGUAUGGAAUGGUUUUAUCUAUUUCGCUGGAUGGAUAACUAUAGACGGAGAAGGACAUUUUAACGACCGUCAACUUUUCAGCUUUUCCGUCAAACAAGGUGGACAUUCUCUAAAUUUCUAGUGUGCCAAUAUAUUCAACACAUAUAAUAUGAACUAUCUUACUCAUAACAAUAAAAAUAAAUUAAAUUUCAUUUAUAACGCAGAUUCUACAUCAACAAAUAUGUUUUAACAGAAUGCCCAAAUGAACUUUCAGUCAGUCCACUGACUAACGAUCUCCGAAAAUUUGCAGUUGGGAGGAAUUUAUUUAAUUGAAUGGGUGAUAACUAUAUCAUAAUUAACAGGAAAUUCAUGACAACUUAUUUUGUGAAACGUACAUUACGUUUGAUCAUUAACAUAACAAUCAUUUUUACAAUAUAUUGUUUGUUUGUUUUGUUUUUUACUUAUUACAAAAAGUAUCAUUUACCUGGUAACCUGGCGUGGUUUUAACAUAUCAAGUAGUAAUAUGAUUAGAGGUAAUCAUAUGGUCAUUUCGAUAUCCUACAUAUAUCGACCUAAUACCCAUAUCAACCUAUAACCUACAAGACUAUAGCGGAAACGGACAGUUGUUCUCCAUUUUAUCCUCAGCUCAGUAGCGUGAGGAACAACAGUAUAUAAUUGUUUUAUGGCUGACAUGGGAACAGUCAAAACUAUGUUCCACGGUGCUGGUGUAGUCUAGAUAACUGUUCACUAGUUAUUGACAACACGGACGGCUUACUUUAUGUACAUAACUACCUGAUAAGUGUGAUGAUUUCGAUUUCCAAAUCUUGAACUUUCCCUUCCUUCACAGUAACUUGCAACUUGCUUGUUUCUCCCAACUUCUGUGUUAACAAGUAGCAGUUGGCUGGAUAUUUAAGUAUUGCCCAAACUAUUACGAUUUCUGUGAUAGAUGUCGAAUGCUUUAGGUAGAAAACGUCAAUAAAAAAAUACCGUGGUGAAAACAAAACAGACUUCGAAGUCGAAAUGGAUAAAAGUAUGUCAAAAUAUGAACAGAGGAAAGACUUGCAUAGAGACACUUCGGAACUUACAAAAACAAAAUGAGUAAACCAUGUGCUCCAGGGUGGUAAGCGGGUUUUUUUUUAUUGAUCAGCAAUACCCGAGAUGUAAAUUUACGUCAACUCCAAGAUAACUCACGUUUAUGAGAGAACCGGAGCUGUUAAAACGACAUGCAUAUGAUAAACAGUGUCAAUAAACAUACUGUUAAAAGAAGAAAAAAGGUUUCCAACUUGAACAUAAAGACGAACAUAAAAACGAACAUAAAGAAUGCCUAUAAUCCUUACCAACCUGCAUCUCCGGACACACUGUGCUUAGGUUGAUCCGUCGGCAUUUAACUCUAUCCCGGAAAGCAUGCAAACCCGUGAAUAUCAAGUCAUCUGCGACAUGUUUACACCUUAGGUGGGUUGCAGACAUAUUUAUUAUAAAGAAAGGAAAGGUGUGAUACACGAAAAUUGCAAUCGACACGCUUAUUAUAUAGCUUUGUAGUAAGCCGUCCCAGGUGGUCAUGUUGUAGGUUAAGAUCAAGGUAAGCGUUUGAUAUAGUAGAAGAGUUUUUAAUAUCAUCGAUUUUAAUUUCAGUAGGGUAUAGACGAUCGAUGUGGUCAAUAAGGCUGCUGUUGCGUAAAAUAAACACAACAGCGAUCGAUCUGAAAGUGAACUUAAAGUCUUUCCCGUCCCGAUAAGUUAUGUGAGGAAACAAAAGUAGGUCAGCCAAGAGAAGGACACACUUAGUCCGGAUGUAAAUUCCAACAGUCUGCUAAAACUUCUUGUCUCCGAACUCAACAGAGAUAUUGUCGACCAGAAAUUCAAUCAUUCUCAUGAUUUCAUCUCAGUAUAGUUCAUCUUUGUCGUAUUUCUUCAAAAACAGUCAAAAAGAUUCACAACCAUAUAUAGUUAUCGUCGUUCGCCUUUGUUUGGUUUAUUUUCUAUUUGGUAUGACGUAUGGUGUUAUACAGAUCUUUGAAGUUGUUCAAACUCCACAUAGGAAAGAUUGUAAUACAGAAUUGUGAUAAGCAUGUCUUCGUUCGAAUCGGAAUGAGUUUCACAACGAAACCUCGUCUUUACUAAGCAGAGAGUGUAAGUUGGUGCAUACAGAUCCCUCUAUUUGUACAACCAUAUGUAGUUAAUAUGUUGAUAGUACGUUGAGUAUAAUUUAGACAUCGGUUUAAAGAAAUAAAAUAUUGUCUUUGGUGUUCUU